AUGUUCUUCACCUAUGAAACAUUCCCAUAUGAGAUACAGCGGAUCUGCGGAUUUGCUGAAGCAGAGGAAUCACUAUCUGAGACCUGUGGGAAACCUGUGGUGGUCAACAGCCGCAUUGUGGGAGGACAGGAUACAAAGAAGGGGCAGAACCCCUGGCAAGUGAUCUUGUGGCUUCCUGGUACAGCCCAUUGUGGUGGAACCCUCAUCAGCAGCAACUUUGUUGUGACUGCAGCCCAAUGUGUGGUGCGGGUAAAUGCCUCCUCUGUAAUUGUCAUCCUUGGGGCCUACAAAAUAACUGGAAACCACAAAGAGGAAGUUCCUGUUCUAGUGAAACGGAUCAUAAUACAUCCUAAGUUCAAUGAAUCUGAUUAUCCUAAUGACGUUGCCCUUCUAGAACUUUCUCGAAAGGUGUCCUUCACAAACGUCAUCCUUCCAGCCUGUCUGCCUACACCUUCCACUGAAUUUCUGCCCGGGCACAGUUGUAUAGUAACUGGCUGGGGGGCCCUUGACAUUAACAGUACCAAGCCGAGGCCUGUUAUUCUACAAGAGGCAGAAAUGCGUUUGAUAACUGUAGAACAUUGCAAGAUCUUUUAUAGCCUAUUGCCAAACAAUAUUAUUAUUACAGAAUCUAUGGUAUGUGCAAGCGACAUAAAUGGAGGAAAAGAUAUCUGCCAUAAUGAUAUUGGGGGACCCCUAGUUUGUCAUGAUGGGGAGCAGUGGUACUUGGUUGGAGUGGUGAGCAUAGGAAUUGGUUGUGGAAUUGGCUUUCCCGGAGUUUAUACUUCUGUCCCUGCCUAUAUGAAAUGGAUCCGAUCAUUUAUCCCAGCUGCCUCCAGUGGAUCAGAAGGACUAGGAUCAUUCCCUGGGGUGGCACUUGAGUUCCAUGGCCUGAUGUCCUUCAGCCUCUGUCUCUGUUCUCUCUUCUGGGUGACUCUACAAAACCCAAUAUUUAUUGUGAUGCUGAGUGCUGCCACUUGGGUGGGGUGCUGAGCCGUGACUGGGAUGGAUUGUAGGAGGAACGUUCUACUAGAACCUCAGAGUGAUUGAGCCUAAAUUUCAUUCUCUGGAUUGUUAUUUUUAUGUCAUGUUUAAUGUUUUCUGGGUUCUAUUUUGUUAUUCAUGUGAUUUUCUUGAUGUUUUCUAAGAUUUUGUUAUAUA